AUGAUCUACGUCUACACAACUUCCUUCCCAUGCCCGUCUGGAGACAUCCGGUCUAUCGUUCCAGCACAAGUCCGACUUAUAACCCAGUUCGCUUCUGCUGCUUCGAACCUUUUUAAUCAAGCAAAAACCACAGCUCCUUCAUCAUCAUCGAAUCAAAAUGCUCGUACUUCACAACAGGCUGACGACGGCGAUGAUGGAUCGAUUAAAACAAUGUUCUCUCGGAAAGUUCUGGAGAAGCCAUCUAUGCUCAAAGCUCUGACAGAAAACAUGUUCUUCCGAUUGAAAAAUGAGGCACAUAAGCUCGCAUUUCAACUUCCGGAUCUCGUUGAACGGUUUACUCAGAAUAAGGACCAGACAUACAAAGAAUUCGAGGCAUUUUUCCGUUCAUACAUUGAAGAGGAGGUUCAUAAAGAGGAAAUCAUUCAGAACAACCCAAACUCCGCGGAAGCAAAAAUGUUCUUGGAAGCUAGACGCAACAAGGAAUUGAUCAAUGAGCAUCGAUGA